AUGGUGACGCUGGCCAACCGCGAAUUCAUCGACGAGCAUGGGGAGGAUCUCAUCGCCCGGUUGACCACGUGCGCGAAGAAUGAUCGAGAGCGAGACUGGGAGACGAAGGACGAAGACAACGCUGAACGGAAGGGAUCACGGAACCGAGAGAAAGAGCAAUCACAGCCCGUCGAUAAGAAGGACGUAACCUCGUCGGCACCGUCAUCUUCCUCCCCCAUGAGCUCCUCCGCUUCGUCGUCAACUGCGACGCCGCUGCUGUCUUCCUCGCCGCACCACUACCUCAGCUUGAUACUCAGCUACUUGCGGACGCUCAACGAAGCCUACGUGCGAGAAGGAGGCGAGAGCUACAGUCGACAGAUGCAAACGGCCACCCAAUUCCUCUUCGCGUGGCAGAGCCUGGCCGUGUCGAGCGAACAAUACCACCUGCUGGAGCAGAUAGCACAAGCCAUUGCGCAGCGCGAUGCACGGCAAGGAUUAGCUAUGGUGCUGUUCCAGCUGCCUCACUCCGGAACGAACGAAAUAGUCCUCCAGCUUUCGCUUGGCCUUAGCGUCCUCUCUUGCAUGCUCAAGCAUCAAGCAGACCUGAUGAAGCCGUAUCAAACCAAGUUCCUGGCGUUCUUCAGCAGCAUCUGGGGUGAAACAGGCGAGCCGGAACCUCGCUCAGGAGUCAACGCGCUCGCCUUCUUAUUCGCCAAGUACGCUGAUGAGGUGCUGCUGGCGGGCCUUUCAGCCAUGCUGGACCACCUGGAGGAUCUCGAUCAUGAGCGGAGGUUCAUCAUCAACACAGGGAGCGGAGAACCUGACCAAAAGCGGCACUUCCAGAACUGGCGAGAACUUCGACACAGACUCGAGGCCAUCUGCUUGCUAUGGCUCGCAUCUCCUGACUUCAGCAGCAGGAGCAAGGCGCUCUCCGUGCUCGAUCUCUUCAACUCCCGUGUGUUCAGUCAUAACAACCCGCAGGCAGCACGAAGCGAUUACAAGACGCAGGCCAAGGCCACGGACAGCGAGGAGCACCUGUGGUCACCCACACUUACCUACAUCUUCGAGUGCAAGCAAACGGAGCUCGCCGGUGUGCUCCACAGCAGCUGGCUGCAGUUGAUGCGUCCGAUGCAGAGGAAGCCUGAGAAGCUUCAGGAGUGGAAGAAUCAUCUUCGCUUCCUUCUCUGGGCUCUUCCAUCCGCCUUCCGGCCAGAGACGAACGGAGACACCUCUGCUUCAUUGCAGGUGCCUCCACUGAGCGACAUCAACCAAACCUGCGUCGACAAGCUCUUCCGCCAUGUGGCCACCGCGGUCAAUCACAGCCCGGAGAUGAGCAACCACCUGAUUGAAAUACUCGCUGCCGGCACCCCGCUGAACAGACGAUGCAAGGACGCACCAUCGGGCAGCAGACCUUCGUCGUACGAUGAAGCCCUCUACACUCAGCAAGGUAAUGUGGAGCUCCUGGCGCUCUUCGCCCGUUACUCGAGCACCGAAGAUACCACCUCCGAGCUGGUGCGUCUCCUCAGCGACACCGUGAACGCUUGGCUCGGAUACCACGCCGAUCGCCAGAUCCGGAUCAAUCCGGCCAUACCCCCUUCCACAAGGCUCGCUGCGGCAGUUAUUGUGACCACGGUCGUGCGGCGCAUGGGGACCGAUACCGACGUAAGUCCCAGGGCCGAGGCCGUGCUCAGCUUCCUGGCGUCGUUGCUGUUCCGUACGCCAUUGAAGCAGCGGCGAUCAAUGUCAACCUCCAAGUCUCCCCGCUCUUCGUAUCGCGGCCUGCUCAACUUGAUUACUCAUUCGAGUGUUGAAGGCGGAGGAGGAAAGAAGGACGUCAUCCAGCGCAUCGAGGAGACCAUCGAAAAGGAGUCGAGGGACGAGCAGCAGGAACGCAAGCUGAGCGAUCACCUCGAUCGCGAUUUGUGGUUCGAUCUCGUCAACUGCCAGUUCGCCCUCCACUACGCGUUCGACUCCGAACAGCGGGUGCUUUCGAUGCUGCAGAAUGUGAGUGACCGGCUGAAGGACGGCGGGUGGUUCAUCGGCACCAUCCCCAACGCCAACUGGAUUGUAAAGAAGAUUCGGCAUUGCGAGGGCAACACCUUUGGCAACAGCGUGUACAGCAUCACCUUCCCACAAAAGCGCACGUUCCCCGAGUUCGGAGCCCAGUAUACGUUCUCUCUCAUCGAUGCGGUGAAGGACGUGCCCGAAUAUCUCGUCCACUUCCCCACCCUCGAGAGGCUGGCAGCGAAGGUGGGGCUGCAGCUGUACAAGAAGUGGACCUUCCACGAGCUGUUCUGCGAGAAGGUCAAGACCGACCAGGCCCUCUACCGGCUCCUCUUCCACAUGGAGGCCGUCGACGAAAACGGAGCCAUCUCGGCCGACGAAUGGGAGGCCGCAAACAUCUAUCUGGCCUUCGCCUUCCGCAAGGUGGGGGCAACACGAAGCUAUCCACCGCUCACGGACCCCGAGACGGGCAUGCGGGUCAUUCCGCCGCCAACACAACAGCCCGCGGCACCUCCUCCCGAUCCCGCCGCCGCGGAGGACGACAACGACGACGAAGACGAUGGUUACGAAGACGGCGACGCCAGAACGUAG